UGGAUAGUUUGUUAUUCAUACGCAACACUAAAAAUGAAUAUGAGCAGUUUGGACAGUAGCUUGCAAGCCCACUCCAAAUUGGAAAAGGAAACAUCCAACUCUGUGUUACUUAAAGAAAGAGUCGAAAAAUAUCAUGAUUUAUCUACACAAAUGUCUGAAAUACUUAAAGUAUUCGAACAACGCUUGGGGAAAUUGGAGCAAAGCAUAUUGCCUGUCUAUCAAGAAACUGAGCAGUUACAAAAACGACAACAAAAUUUGGAAGCAACUUUGAACUGUUUGGAAACCGUUUUAGCUCAUUAUGAUGUGUCACAGGAGGUAUGUAAUUUGGUACAUCAAGGUCCUACUGAAGGUAACGUUGGCGUUUUCUUGGAAGCUUUGGGCCGUUUACGUUCAGCUAUGGAGUAUUUUCUCCAUCACAAUUCCCAAAGUGUGGAAUUGGAAAACGUCACAAGUCUUUUCAAUACCGGCUGCGAAAGCCUCAAUAAUCACUACAGGAUGCUUUUAAAAAAGAAUGGCAGUGCUCUUAAGCCGGUAGAAUUGCUAGAUCUAAUUUAUAUUGAAGAUGAUUCGUCUAGUGAUGAGUUUACCUCAUUUCGUCAAUUAUCUCAAAGUACUCGUGAGGAAUUGUUUACUAUCUCCCACUGGCUGGAACAGAAUUUGAGAUUUGAAUAUACUAUGAUUUAUUCUACAGAGAGAGGGGAAGUAGUUCUACGUUCAUUACAACACUUAAAAGACCAUCAAAAAAGUAAUAGUUGGGGCAACGAAGCAUUGGUGAGUACGUGCCUGACUUGCAAAGAGCGUUUCAGUAAAUGUUCGUCCGUAAUAUAG